CCAUGACUCAGAUGGGAUAUAUAUAAGGUCUUCGCUGUCACUUUUAAAAUCCCCUCAACUCGAUGAAAGUCGUUCUUUUCUCCCUUUCAUCCUCCUCCUGAAGAUGACCGACGCACCACAGGCCAAUGGCUUGACCACUCCCACCGUCACCGGCUACUCCGCGCCGAAAUUCGAAAGAACGCAGACCCAGCCCGAAAACCCCUUCGCGGCCCUGAUCCCAGACCAGCACAUCGCCAUCAUCCCCUCCUUCACGCUCGAGUCCGGCGUCACUCUUCAUAAUGCCCCCCUGGCAUACAGCACCCGCGGCACCCUUUCUCCAGAUGGCGACAAUGCCAUGGUCAUCUGCCAUGCCCUCACCGGCAGCGCAGAUGUGAGCGACUGGUGGGGUCCGCUGCUCGGUCCCGGCCGCGCAUUUGAUAUCUCCCGCUUCUUCGUCAUCUGCAUGAACAGCCUCGGCAGUCCGUACGGGAGCGCCAGCCCCGUCACGAACAAGGACGGCAACCCAGCCAACGAACGAUACGGGCCCGAGUUUCCGCUCACCACUAUCCGCGACGACGUCAACUUCCACAAGCUCCUCCUCGACGACCUCGGCAUCAAGCAAGUCGCCGCCGUAAUCGGCGGCUCCAUGGGCGGCAUGCUCGUCCUGGAAUGGGCCUACUUCGGCUCCACCUACGUGCGCUGCAUCGUCCCCAUCGCCACCUCCAGCCGCCACAGCGCCUGGGGCAUCAGCUGGGGCGAAGCCCAACGCCAGAGCAUCUACGCCGACCCCAAAUACGACGACGGGUACUACCCCUUCGCGGACCCCCCCACCGCCGGCCUGGGCGCCGCCCGCAUGUCCGCCCUCCUCACCUACCGCUCCCGCAACUCCUUCGAGUCGCGCUUCGGCCGCAACACCCCCGACCCUUCCCGCCAGCAGACCAUCAACGAUUCCCAGACCGCGCCCGCCACGUCAGAGGGGCACUGGGCAAUCCACAACGACGGGCAUAAGACCACGCGUCCCCCGUCCUCGCGCUCUCGCUCUCACUCCGCCCUCACCACCCCCGCCGACAGCCCCAAGCAGCCCGAGCCGCAACACACAGACCCGCAAUUCCACGGCGCCACAUCCACGACCCCCUCUCCGCCCCCGGCGCGCCAAUCGGCGUCGCGGCAGUCAACUUCCUACUACUACUCCGCGCAAUCCUACCUCCGCUACCAGGGCGCCAAAUUCGUCGCCCGCUUCGAUCCAAACUGCUACAUCGCCAUAACCCGCAAGCUCGACACACACGACGUGUCGCGCUCCCGCUCCCCCUCCAUCACCACCGCUUUGGCACAAAUCACACAGCCCUGCCUCGUGCUCGGCAUCGAGUCCGACGGCCUCUUCACCUUCGCCGAGCAAGAGGAGCUGGCUAGCCAUAUCCCCAAUGCGAGGUUGAGGAGGAUUGAUAGUCCCGAGGGUCAUGAUGCGUUUUUGUUGCAGUUUGAGCAGGUGAAUGAACAUAUCUUGGGGUUUCUGAAUGAGGUGCUGCCGGAUAUUAUGGGGAGGGAGGGGAGUGUAGCGGUGGGUGAGGUGGGGGGGGUUACGAGGAGUAGUACGUUUGGGGAGGCGGAGGUGGAGGAUAUUACGGCUUGGUAGAGCUGUGCGUGGGGCACUGUGAUAAGUGUGGGUGGGUGUGGAGGAAGAGUGGUACAUAUCCCGAGCUCUCCGAGUUCCUCCCACGGCCUUAGAGAGAGGUAGAUAUAAAAAAUCAUGAUAGAACAUAGAAUAAGCAUAUCAAAAUCGUUCAA